UUUCUCCACCAGUGUUAUUGAUAGGUACGCACCUAAACAGCCUUAGAGGAAAUGAAGAAGAAAGAAAAAAUCAGGCUGAUGAAAUAUUCAAUAAAAUCCAUCAAGCUCUGGAUGGUAAACCUUAUGAGGCAAUGGUGUUUCCAACAUUCUUUGCUAUUGAGAACAGCUUGUCAUUCGCAGAGAGCAAUGCUUCCAACAUUAUGAACCAAAUUUUAAAAUUCGCAGAGAAACUGGUCAAACGUCUGCCUUUAAAAUGGUUGCGAGUUCAACAGGAAAUCCAGAAAUUGAAAGAGAAGCAUAUCUAUUUACCAACCAAUGAGGUAAUUGCUUUAGUUGACCAAUGUGGGGUCAAACAAGAAGGUCAAAAGGUGUUACUUGAGUAUUUACAUGACCUUGGCGAGAUUCUCUACUUUCCUGAUGACGAAGCCUUAAAGGACAAUAUUGUUUUAGAUUCGGUUAGAAUCGUCGAUAUGUUAAAAACAAUAAUCACGGUUAUAGACCGCAAGCUUCGAGAACCACGUUUGAGAGACGCCUGGAGGAAAUUGGACAAGGGAAUCUUAGAAGAACAUCUUUUGAGACACCUGUGGGAAAAGUUCAAUUUUUCAGAUGAGACAUUUGACUUCUUCGUAUCUCUCAUGCAGAAGUUUGGACUGGUUUGUGAGAGAAAGACUACAAAGGGUAGUGAACGUAUUUUCUAUGUUCUUUCGCGUUUGAAGCCUGAACGUGUAGACACAUCACCCAUCGAUUAUAAUGGAAAGGGCACAGUUUCAAUCUUCCAUGACUUCGGUAACUAUCUUCCUGAUGAUGUCUUCCAGCGUGGAGCAACUAAAUUCAUUGAGAGAUUCCAAGUAGAAGAUAGUGAAGCUAAGCUCUCUUAUGAGCACGUGGAGUUGGACAUAGAUCAACACCAUCAAGUGCUGCUAGAUGUUGCCACCAUCAAACACCGUCGUAUGUUCCAGACAACUAUCAUCAGACGAACAAUUCUCAACAGGUCUAAUCCUACCGAGGAAGACAAGAAAGAUGACCCAUCACCGGAAGUGUGUAAGAAGGUGCUGAAAUUCCUUGAAUCAGCAUUAAAGGUCUUCUGUCAGAGCGGUGGACGAGGGGUUGAACUAACGAUGUACAUUCGAUGUGUAUGUAGUCCAAACAUAAGGGACGCCCAUAUGCAUAUUGUGCGCACAUUUCAUAAGGAUGUGCUGCCAUGUGGAAGCAAUGGAAUGGAAGUCAUGCGCUACCGUCGAUUAUUUGGAGACAACAUUCUACCGCAAGAUAAACAUAAGCCUAAUUCAGCGCUUCCACAACCCCAACGAACCCAAACUAAACCCAAAGAUUUUGUAGAUGACGCCAUAAUUGCGACAGUUUCUGAGGAAAUUGACCCGGGUUGGAGAAGGUUUGGUGUUCGUCUGGGACUUCAGUGGUCUGACGUUACCAAGUACAAUGCUGAUGGACGACAGACUCACCAGGCUGUUGAUAAAAUGAUAAAGUUUUGGAGGAGCAACGUUAGUAAUGAAAAACAUCAACUUAAAGCAGUAUGUACGGCUCUGACACAACAUAAUCGCAGGAAUCUAGCUAAAAAGGUUUCUAAGGGCGAUGUCAGUGACGGAACUCCGGUCAAUACCAAACAAUCUGAGAUUUUCGACGAUCAUGAUUUGCUGUUCAUCUGUGACAGUUUGGAUCCCGAAUCAUGGAGGAGACUAGGAGUGCGUCUUGGACUCAAGUGGACCGAUAUUAAUGGCAUAGCAACAAACAACAAACUGGUGAAAGACCGCAUCAUGGAAAUGCUAGUAACCUGGAGAGAUGGUCAGUCAAUAAACCAUAUACCAACGAUGAUCCACGCUUUAAGACAGCAGAAACUUGUUCAGCUUGCGGAACUUGUGUGUAAAAGACAUGGCUAUGGGUUACAUAGCCCACUGGUGCCAGGUUUCCUAGCUGAUUUUGACAUGGUGUUUAUUGCUGAAAAACUGGACGCUAAUUGGCAAUCCUUAGGCAUCUCUCUUGGUAUGAAUCAAUGUGAAAUAAAGCAAAUUAAGUCGGACUUUUCGCCACCUAUGGUAGACGCCAUCAUUGAAAUGUUGAUAAAGUGGCGAGCAAGCCAGAACGCUAAAGUAAAUCAGCUUGAAAUGAUCAGUAUUGCAUUGGACAAGCAUGGAAGGAAAGAUAUAGUUGAAGCACUCCAUACUUCCUACCACAAUGAAGAUGAUUUACAUAGUAAAUAUUUACCAACAUGGGUAGAACAAAUGGAGGUGUAUGUUUAAACAAACAUAUCACCCACAAUGCAAAAUAACUUAAAGCGAAGUGUACAAGUUCUUUUAUUUGGAAAAUAUUUAGUAAGAAAAUAGGCUAUUUCAUAAUAAUAUUGUAAUACUUAUUAGCAGGACGGUAUAGGCCUAUUUACAUCCGUGGCUGAAGUAGAGGUUUCUGGACUGAAUUUCUUGUUUAUUCAAUUUUUAUGACGUAUUUCAACGUGCACCUGGGCUAUGCUGCACACAGAAUAAGCAUGGCUUAAAAUGUCUUUUCUGAAAAGACGGUGCAUUUUUUAUAUUUGCAUUAGCCGUCCUGAACCAGGUUUAAAAGGGUUUAACAACGGACCUCCACGGUUCAGCACACGUGUCUACCACAAGUUUAGCCGACAACAGAUCUGCUCUGCCAAAACAUUAAAGAGAGGAAUGUGAACAUUCAUUAUUGAUAUGAAUAAAGAGGUUUGUGGUAGUGAUCAGCCAUAACAUAUAUUAAGAAAAAAAGAAACUCUAUAAUAUACAUUCUACAAGAAGCCAGACGUCUUUGCUACAAAAGUACAGAAGUUUUUUAA